CAGGAUCCUUGUGCAAAGCAGCAACACACCCUGGAAGCAUGGACUGACACGGGCCUCUGUGAAAGGGCCACCUGAAGGGGAGACACCUGCUUUACACCUAUAGGUUGCAAUGGAUACCCUGCCAUUUGGUUGGACUGUGCACACACAGGAGGGAGAUGGGGUAGGACUAGUGAAGGGGCAAGCUGCUGACACUGACAAUGACACAGACACACAUGUCCAUGAUCUGUUUCAUGAAGAUGCACAGGGUUUCCAGCAGUCUAGCCAACCGUGGUGGAGGAUCAAACUGUUUGUGUGGGAGCCAGUGCUAUUCGGCACCUGGGAUGGAGUUUUCACCACCUGCAUGAUCAACAUUUUUGGUGUGGUUUUAUUCCUGCGUACCGGCUACCUGGUGGGCAACACAGGUGUGCUGCUUGGGAUGCUCCUGGUCUCCUUGGUCGUGCUGGUUGCUUUGGUGACGGUGAUGUCAGGGAUUGGAGUGUGUGAGCACUGUGGUGUCGGGAGUGGAGGAAUCUACUCCAUGAUCUCCACCGUCCUGGGAGGCAGGGUCGGGGGCACAAUGGGCCUGCUUUAUGUGUUUGGACAGUGCGUGGCUGGAGCCAUGUAUAUCACGGGUUUCUCUGAGUCGGUGGCGGAGCUGCUGGGUCUACAGACUCAGUGGGCAGUGCGUGGCAUGUCGGCGGUGGUGCUGCUGGCUCUGCUUGGAAUCAACCUGGCUGGUGUGAAGUGGAUUGUCCGACUUCAGCUGCUACUGCUGGCUGUCCUGGCCGUCUCCACACUGGACUUUGUCAUUGGCACUUUCACGCACCUUGACCCAGAGCAUGGCUUCAUUGGUUAUUCAGCCGAGCUGCUCAGCAGCAACUCAAAACCAGAUUACAGCUCAGGAGAAAACUUCUUCACAGUAUUUGGGGUCUUCUUCCCUGCUGCUACAGGGGUAAUGGCAGGCUUCAACAUGAGCUCAGAUCUUCAGCGGCCUGAACACAACAUCCCUGUGGGAACACUGGCAGCUGUCUUCACCUCGUGGUUCCUGUAUCUGGUCUUUGUCUUCCUCCUGGGGGCCAUCUGCACCAGAGAAGCACUGCGCUAUGACUUCUUGAUAGCAGAAAAGGUCUCCUUGGUGGGUUUCCUCUUUCUGCUGGGCCUCUACAUCUCCUCUCUGGCUUCCUGCAUGGGUGGCCUGUACGGAGCACCCAGGAUCCUCCAGUGCAUCGCCCAAGAGAGGGUCAUCCCUGCUCUGGCCUUUCUGGGAAGAGGGACGGGCCCAAACAGGACCCCAGUGGCUGCAAUCUGUCUGACCAGUCUGCUGACCAUGGCCUUUAUUUUCAUCGGCCAGGUCAAUGUACUAGCUCCCAUCGUCACCAUCAACUUCAUGCUCACCUACAGCUUCAUUGACUACUCCUACUUCAGCGUGGCCAUGACCGUCCAGCUGCAGAGUUACGAGAAGAGGGACACCCUCGUCCUGGCCAAAAGAAAUCUGCACAGGUCCAACAGGCAGAACUCCACACCACUUAUUGAAGCCCCUUUCCCAAACUAUGGGAGUGGAGGCGAGAGUCCACAGAGUAAAGGCACUUUAUUGGAGUUUGCCAAGGACAUGGAUCAGAUUUUUCCACCUGUCUCAAAUGUUAAUGCUUGGGCUGAGAAGACCUCCUCCAUGCAAGAACUGAGCAGCCAAGGCAAGAGCAGAAAGGCCACUGCUAAGCAGAGACUGAUGGACAGCUUUGGCUUAGACCUGAAUAGCAAUAUGUCCUCAGAAGAAAGAGGGGAGGAGAUAAGUUCAGCUCCACCAUAUGAGGAGGUUGAGGUGCAGUGUGGGAACGAGGAGCUCAGGACUGGAGAACAGCCACAAGUCAAAUGCUGUACAGAAACAUGUCAUGUUGAACACGAUUCAUCUGCUGACCCUCAAAAUCACAGCACAGGGGCUGAGGGUAAAGCAGAACACCAGAGCUUUGAAAUCAAAUCCAUGCAGGAUUCAUGCUAUGCAAAGUUCUGCAACCACUGGAUUGCUCUGAUCGGGGCAUUGAGCUCCAUACUGAUCAUGUUUGUUAUUCAAUGGGUUUAUGCCUUAGCAAACAUAGUCAUGGCCUUGCUGCUCUUCUUCUACAUUGGGAGAACAAGUCCUGGACUACCUACAGGUAUUGCAGCUCGAUUCAGCUUUUUCACAUGGCUCAAAUCAACACUGAAUAACAUUUGCAGGGGAAAAGGAUCUCCCAGGGAUGAGAUUAUAGUGACACCCUCUCUGUCCAGGGUCAGGCUGAAGACCAGGCAGCUGACAGAGGAAAAUGCUGACUUUGCCUCUCGUCACCGCUAUCACCAAUCCUCAUUCAUCAGAGCUGACAAGAUGGUACAACCACCGCUCCACUGACUGAAUUAAACACAGUGUCAAUUUUACGUUAUAUGUUGUACCUGAUGACCUGAAAACACAUUUUCUGCCUCAAACUGUCUCAUGUUGCCCUAUGGGCCACAUUCUGUACACAUUUGUUUUAACAGAGACAUUCAUUGGCUCUGAUCAUUUUUUUGUGGUGGUUGGAGGAAAUCUGAACUUUUUCUAGAGUUUAACAAAGUGUGCGUCCUUGUGUGAGAGAAUAAGAGAGAUGUCUGAGGACUGAAUGUAGCUGGAGUUGGUCGUUUUCCAUAAAGUCUUCCAUAAAGUAAACUGAAGUAGAAAUUGUUUAUCUUGUCUUAUGGCUUUAACUUUGACUGAAAUAUCACAAUCUGUGAAACUCUCCACUGUUUGAAGUUUUCAUUGUCAGAUUUCUCUACCACUGGGUCACUUCUAAGAGGUCCAGCCACCGUGGUGCUCAGGCAGCAUAAAUAUCCUGUGUA